AUGUUCCGCCUAAUGAUGCUCUUUGCUGGUCUCUGUGGAUCGCUCGCGUCCAGACUCGGUUCUCAAAAUUCAUCUGUCCAGAUUAUAUUUCCAGAGAAAAUCCAAACAAAUACAAGUGAUAAUUCAGAACUAGAAAAUGAACAGAUAUCCUAUAUUAUUCCAAUUGAUGAGAAACCAUACAUUGUGCACCUGAGGCAAAGACUUUUUUUAGCUGAUAAUUUUAUGGUUUAUUUGUAUAAUCAAGGAUCUGUGAAUUCUCAUUCUUCAAAUAUUCAGACUCGCUGCUACUACCAAGGAUCUGUCGAAGGAUAUCCAAAUUCUAUUGUCACACUAAGCACGUGCUUGGGGCUGAGAGGAAUACUGCAAUUUGAAAAUGUUUCUUAUGGAAUUGAGCCUCUGGAAACUGAAGUUGAAUUUCAGCAUAUUCUUUAUAAAUUAAAGAAUGAAAACAUUAAAUUUGCAGUUCAUACUGAAAAUAACCGUGACAUAGGACAAAACCCAAUGGACUAUAACAUUUUCAUAAGUGAAAAAGUAGAAACAUCUGUUUCAGACUUAAUUCCUCUUUAUCUAGAAAUGCAUAUUGUGGUGGACAAAGUUUUGUAUGAUUUCUUGGGCUCUGAUAGCAUGGUAGUGACAAAUAAAGUCAUUGGAAUUAUUGGCCUUGUAAAUUCAGCAUUUGCCCAACUUAAAGUCACUAUUGUGCUGUCAUCACUGGAGUUGUGGUCAGAUAAAAAUAAGAUUUCUACAGUUGGCGAGGAAGAUGAAUUAUUGCGUAGAUUUUUAGAAUGGAAAAAAUCGUAUCUUACCCUAAGACCUCAUGAUAUUGCAUAUCUAUUCAUGUAUAGAGAUUAUCCAGAUUAUGUGGGAGCAACAUUUCCUGGAAAGAUGUGUGUUUCUAAUUAUUCUGCAGGGAUUGCUUUGUAUUCCGGGGAGAUAACUUUGGAGGCAUUUUCUGUGAUUGUCACCCAGAUGCUGGGACUCAGUCUGGGGAUAUCAUAUGAUAACCCAAAGAAAUGUCCAUGUUCAGGAGCCAUCUGUAUAAUGAAUCCAGAAGCUAUGCAAUCCAGUGGUGUGAAGACCUUUAGCAGUUGCAGUUUGAGUGACUUUAAACAUUUCAUUUCAAAUAUGGGUACCAAGUGUCUUCAGAAUAAACCACAAAUGCAAGUGGGUCCAGCAUCAAUCUGUGGCAACGGCAGAGUGGAGGCCCCUGAGGCCUGCGACUGUGGGACUGAGGAGCAAUGCGGACCCGCCAGCUGUUGCGAUCCCCAGACCUGUGUGCUGAAACAAGGAUCAGAAUGUGAUAGAGGGUCCUGCUGCCAAAACUGUAAAAUUGCUAAAGCAGGUUUGGUGUGUAGGCCGGCUGUGCAUCCCGACUGUGAUCUUCCUGAAUCUUGCAAUGGAAGCUCAGGAGAUUGUGUUCCUGAUGUGACUAUACUCAAUGGGCGUUCAUGUAAGACAAAGUACAUUUGUUAUGCGGGAGAUUGCCAUGACCUUGAUGCACGCUGUCAGUCCAUCUUUGGAAGAGGUUCAUCAAAUGCUCCAUUUGCCUGCUAUGAAGAAAUACAAUCUCAAAUUGAUAGGUUUGGGAACUGUGGUAAGCAGAGAGGCCAGUAUCUUUUCUGCCAAUGGAGGAAUCUCAUAUGUGGAAGGUUAAUUUGUACCUACCCUACUCGAACUCCUUUCUAUCAAGACAAUGUCGCUGUGCUCUACGCUUAUGUACGCAACGUCAUAUGCAUAACCUUGGACUACAGUCUGCACGGCUUGCUUACAGACCCAAUGGUGAUCAAGGAUGGCUCUCAAUGUGAUAAUGAGAGGGUUUGUGUCAAUCGUGAAUGUGUAGAAUCGAGGAUACUUAAGAGUGCGUUCCAUAAUUGUUCAGCAAAGUGCAGUGGACAUGGAGUGUGCACUUCCGAGAAGCACUGCCUGUGUGAUAAGGGCUGGACCAGCUCCACCUGCAACCAGAAGUCCAGAGAGGCCGACACCCUCACUGCAGGUUUAAUCAUGAAAAGACCUUUUUGGAAAUCUGAAAAGAGCCGGUGGCUUCUAGGUUUCUACGUCGCUUUUACUGUUCUUGUCGUAGCAACCGUAAUAGCUGUUUCACGGAAUCAACUGAAAAAGUGGUUCACCAAGGAAGAGGAAUCCCUAAGUAGCGAAUCAGAAAGCAGCAUUCACACAUAUACCACCACCAAAUCCAGAUCAGAAAGCAGUAGCCAAACGGAUAUUGUCAGAUCCAGCUCAGAAAGGAGUUCCCAAAUGUAUACCAGCAGAUCCGAAUGACAGGAAACUAC